AUGGAUAUGGUCAGUGGCGAGGGUUCGAAGAGGGACAGAGAGGAUGAGAGGACUGGUUAUGACGAAAAGGCAAGUUCUACACCUUCACCAGCAAAACACUGCCCAAAAUCCCAAGAGAAUAGUGAGAGCAGCGGAGUUAGCAGCGCAUCAGAGCCAGAGCUUAAACCUAAACCACUCUUUUCCGGACGUCAAGCGGUAUGUGUGCCACUCACUCGGUCCGCCAAUGCAGAAAGCUUUAGUGAAUGGUCAAUGGCCUCGAGCCGUAAUAUGUCCAGCUCUGCAACUACGAUGACGGCCAUGACUUCUGGGGCUUCAACCGCCAAAAUUCAUGAUUUCAAACUCACAGGGCAAGCGGACUGUCAUUACCAUACUGUAAGACCUUUUCCAGCACCCGGAGUUUUCUUGCGCGAAUCAGUCGAACACAUCGUCUUCCCUCCCGGAUACAGUUCGCUAGCAGCAAAACCAACAGUGGUAGACACGCCCAGACAGCGCAUUCCAGUCUUAGUCAACACAGAACGCUUCGCGGACACUUUAAAUCAGGGCAAGCAUCAUCGCCAACAUUGGAUGAAAGAAGGGAACGGCACGCUUGCACACUCAGAGCCCACAGCCGUCCUUUAUACCAUAAAAACCUCUACUCAACAGACUUUCGAUGGCUUUUCAUCUAAGCAGUCAGAGCCUCCCAUGCCACUCUCCAAAAUCUGGACACCACCACCAUAUAAACCACCCGAAACCAGGAAGCCGCAAAAUGUGCGCCGUAACCUACUGCCGAACUACACAUGCGUCCAAUGUAAUACUGGAGCAUAUCAAGCUGAAAGUGGAAGUGUUCACAAGUCUACCCUUAGUACAUCACCAAACCCAAUGAGAAUUCGAGAUGACAGCAGCCAGUUCACUAAGGAGCAGGAAACACGCAAGGACUCUUUCAGUCUCGCUAGCACGCCCAAAAGAAGCAACUCAUCACGUUCCUUGCCUUCUCCAAAGCAGGGUCUCAUUACCACGCUGACCCAGAGCACCAACUCUCCUUCUUGCCAAAACGUCUCAGCAACUUCUGCAGAAUAUGAGCAAUCAGCAGCCGCGGCUGAGGAUCGACUUAAAAGAUUUCGAUUUGUGGACAAUGCUGAGCCAGUCCCAAGACGUAUAGACACGUUCGCGGUUCAUCCUGUUUUCCGCGAAGAGGGCAGCUCUCACGCGAAAUUGGCUGGACCGGAAUUGCUGGAACACGAUUACUAUUAUACAUGUAACGAAGAAAGUCGAGGCAAUUUAACGUACACUCAUCCAGACUUGCCUAAUUGGCUCAAUUCUUUUUCACCACCACGGCAAGAGCUUAUCAUCGAUCCCAAUGGUUUUCUUUCCGGUCCACCUCGUCCCUAUUACAGUCGUAUUCCUAGAGCCAGAUCCAACACAGAUAUGGCUACACCCGCGACAAGGAACGUGUGCACGAAGCGCUCACAUGUUGAUACUCUUAUAUCACCACAAAUGGUCCGUACAACUGGCCAAGCAAACUCCGAGCGCCUUUUGCCGCGCCAGCGUUAUGGUCCGAAGAUGGAGAGGGCGCCUCCGAAGGCAAUGCGUGUGCUUGGCCCGUACGAUGCAGCAGUUGACGUUGAGCUGAAGGAGGAGAAACAUCAGAAGCGGGAAAAAACGAAACGCAAGAUUGAGGGCGUUCUGGAGGCGGUUAGCAGUGCUCUGGAAUUAGGCUAG